GUAGGGCAGGCUUCACCAAAUUCUCAGCGUGCGAAUAUAAGAGUCUCGUUCGAUUGCACCAUCCCUGCAAUCCUCUUUCCCUCUCACCAUUCCUCACCACCUCAACCGCUGCAUCAGAAUGGUAGCCUCCAGCGUCCUCGGUUUCCCUCGCAUUGGUGCGAACCGUGAGGUGAAGAAGGCUGUUGAGGCAUACUGGGCGGGCAAGCUCUCCGCCGACGAGCUUACCAAAGCUGCUGCCGAUGUCAAAAAGGCCAGUUGGGUGAGCCUCAAGGAGCGCAACGUCGACCUGAUCCCCAGUGGCGACUUUUCGCUCUAUGAUCACGUCCUCGACCACUCGGCAGCCUUUAACGUAAUCCCGAAGCGCUACCUCGGCCAUAACCUCUCUCCGCUCGAUGUCUACUUCGCGAUGGGCCGUGGCCGUCAGGCGGACGGCGUUGAUGUUCCUGCUUCUGAGAUGAAGAAAUGGUUCGACUCGAACUACCACUUCGUCGUCCCCGAGUUCUCGGAUGAGACCGAUUUCAAGCUUAACUUCAACAAGGCUCUUGAGGAGUUCAAUGAGGCUAAGGCUCUCGGUAUCACCACCCGCCCCGUUGUGCUCGGCCCUGUAUCCUUCCUUGUCCUCGGCAAGCCAGCCAAGGACGCGAAACCAGGCUUCCAGCCCAUCUCCUUACUCCCCAAGCUGCUUCCGGUCUACAAGCAGCUCCUCGCUGAUCUCAAGGCUGGUGGCGCUGAGUGGGUUCAGGUUGAUGAGCCCGUCCUCGUCCUCGAUUCUGCUGCAUACCUCGAGAAGCAGUUCGCAUCUGCAUAUGCCGAGCUUGCGCCUAUCUCGCCCAAGAUUAUCCUCACGACUUACUACGGCCGCCUCGACUCUAAUGUCACAUUUGUCGCGAAGUUGCCGGUCGCCGGUCUCCACAUCGACCUUGAUCGUGGCCUGAAGCAGCUCGACGAAGUCAUUGCUGCUGUGAAGCCCACGAGCAUUGUCCUUUCCCUCGGUAUCGUCUCUGGCCGUAACAUCUGGAAGGCUGACCUCGAGGCCGGUAUCGCCCUUGGCCAGAAGGCCAUUUCUGCCCUCGGCGCUGAGCGUGUCAUCGUCGCGACUUCCUCGUCCCUCCUCCAUACCCCUGUCACGAUCGCUGCUGAGAACAAGUUGACUGCCGAGCAGAAGGACUGGUUCUCGUUCGCGCUUGAGAAGGCCACCGAGGUCUCCUUGCUCGCCGCUGCCCUCUCUGGCGAUGCCAGCGUCACCGCUGCCCUCCAGGCGAACAAGCAAUCGAUCGCCAAGCGUCGUGAUUUCGAACGCACCUCGGACGAUGCCGUCAGGAAGCGUGUUGCGUCAAUCACCCCCGACAUGCUAGAGCGCAAGAGCCCCUUCUCUGUCCGCAAAGAGGUUCAGGCCAAGGCUCUUAACCUUCCGAAGUUCCCCACAACCACCAUUGGUUCCUUCCCUCAAACCAAGGAGAUCCGCAGUGCUCGUGCGAAGCUCAAUAAGAAGGAGAUUACUCCUGAGGAGUAUGAGGAGUUCAUCAAGAAGGAGAUCGAGCACGUCGUCCGCUUCCAGGAGCGCAUUGGCCUCGACCUGCUCGUGCACGGUGAGCCCGAGCGCAACGACAUGGUUCAGUACUUCGGCGAGCAGCUCGAAGGCUUCGUCUUCACCCAGAAUGCCUGGGUGCAGAGCUAUGGCUCCCGCUAUGUUCGCCCGCCCAUCAUCGUCUCGGAUGUCAGUCGCCCCGGUCCGAUGACUGUGAAGUGGAGCAAGUACGCGCAGAGCCUCACCCCGAAGCCUAUGAAGGGUAUGUUGACCGGACCCGUCACCAUUCUCAACUGGUCCUUCCCGCGUGCGGAUGUCUCUCGUGAGCUCCAGUGCAUGCAGCUCGCUCUGGCUCUCCGCGACGAGGUCAUUGACCUCGAGAAGGCUGGCAUCAAGGCUGUUCAGGUUGACGAGCCUGCUCUUCGUGAGGGUCUUCCUCUCCGCAAGGUUGACUGGGAGCCAUACCUCAAGUGGGCUCUUCCCUCUUUCAAGCUCGCGACCGCCGGUGUCAGUGACAGCCUCCAGACACACUCGCACUUCUGCUACUCUGACUUUGACGACAUUUUCCCGUCCAUCCAAGCGCUCGAUGCUGAUGUCAUCUCGAUCGAGGCGUCGAAGAGCGACAUGAAGCUGCUCAAGACAUUCAAACAAUACGGCUACUCGAACCAGAUUGGCCCCGGUGUCUACGACAUUCACUCGCCUCGCGUCCCGAGCGAGCAGGAGAUCAAGGACCGUAUCGCGGCUAUGCUUGCGAUCCUCCCCGACGAUCUCCUUUUCAUCAAUCCUGACUGUGGUCUCAAGACUCGUGGUUGGAAGGAGACUGAGGUUUCCCUCGUCAACCUCGUCAACGCUGCACGCUGGGCACGUCAGACCUAUGCGUAAUUGCAUUACCCUUGCGCUUCAACAGCGCCCGUGAUGUGGUUUUGUAACUAUUCAGCGCGCUCUCAACGAGAUGGCGCUGUGUUCUUGACCCAGGGUAGUUGUGGCGACAAUAUUCCGGCCGGGAGACGCCCGGCGGAACCUCAGCGACGGUUGGUCUAGCGGGUCGGUCUGCAGAGACGAGAGGACCUGCUUGGUUAGUCGAGGCGAGGUAGUGUAGCGCAGUAGGAGUACGUAUGUUCUAGGUGUCUUCGGAUUUCAACAAUCGCGAAUGAAAUGCGCUCUAUGGUAUUACAUUUUCGUGUGCGUGUGACAUACAUUCCUAGGCGUAUGAGAUGGACGGAAUGUCUAUUCCCC